AGUCGCCACGUUGCCUCUACAGAGCAACCAGCGCCCCGCCGAGCACGGAUCACUACCGAAUUCAUUCAUCGCGGCUAGUCUAGGUUGAGCAGGGUGUACAGUGUGACCUCCAAUCAUCCACGGGCACCCAUCUAAUCCACCUCCGAAAUGUCCAUCUCCCUCCGCCUCGCCGUCCCGCCGUCGGCGCAGCCCCCCACGCUACGCCGCCGGCAACUGAACCCGAGAGCCCGCUGCAGCAAUGCCGUCGCUGCAGCCAUUACGCCGGUUGCGUCGUUACGGCCGCCACGCGCGCUCAGGGGAGCCGCGCCUCGACCGUCGGGCGCGUGGUGGCGCCGCCGGGGAGACGCCGCCGUGUGCUGCGCGUCGGCGCACGUCAGCGCCGAGACUAUGCAGUGGGUGUCCGUCGGGGCCGCCGCUUUAUUGAUGCUUGCUAAGGGCACAUCCGUGCACAAAUCCUUCCUUGUCCCUUUCGUUGCUCUACAAGCACCUUCUGAAGUCAUCACAUGGAUCAAAGGUGACUAUGGUCAAUGGACCGCAUUUCUUGGGCUUCUUCUGCGUCUCCUGUACUUCAUUCCAGGUGAACUGGAGCUUCCGUUGUCGACGAUGCUGUUCGUUAGCAUAGCUCCUCGCCAGUUUAUGAACUUGAGGGGGACUCAAGACUCGGUAAUAUUGUCAUUGAUGAUUGCAGCUUAUCUCGCGUUCCAGCAUUUCAGUGGGGCCGGAAGUGUUAGGAAGGCCUUCGAUCGUGGAGCGAUAGUUGCAACCUUGUCCAUCAUCUGCAUCACGCUUAUCCCUCUCCUGUUAUUGUUCUAAUUAAUUCCUGUUAAGGCGCUGAAGCUUUGCUUGACACAACUUGUGGAGAUGUGGAGAUAGAAGUGCCGGAGGCUACGAACCUGCAGAAAAAUAAGGAAAUUACAUAACCCUGUGCUGCAAGAUCCUAUCAUUACUUGCAGCCUUUUUCUGGUUGAAAGCGGCUUAUGAUUCACCUGCUGGUUUAGGCCCUUUAAGCAUUUCAUUUAUUAUGAUAUAAAAUGGUUAAAGGUUUCAACGCAAGGUUCAGUAUAGUUUCUCAUUUAUGCCUGGCUUGUUUUCUGAGAGAGAAAUGUAAUCUAUGUUAACAGAUUCUUGCUUCCGAUUUUUUCGAAGCAGUGCUGA